UUCCUGCUCCCGACGUCUUUGACUCUCUUUACGGUCUCUCAAUGUCCCUGGCUCGCGGUCUCCAUCCGCACCUCUCCCUCGCCUUGAUUCAGUCGGCGCCUCUUCCUGUAACAGGUGUGCGGUACCUCUGCCCUCUCCCUUUCCGACUUCAUAUUCAGGAGCAAUACAAUACAAUGGUUAAACUUAAGAAAAUUGAUGCAUUUUUUAAGAGGAAAACUUUGGACAAAGAGAAUGGCUGCUCAUUCCAAUAUUUUGGGAAAGAUCUGCCACCGUUGAAAGUGAUAAAAGUGAUGAAACCGAUGAUAAAGAAGAUGACAAUUAUCAACCAUAUAAUAGGUUGGUUGCGAAGAAGACUAUUAUCAUGGUCGUUGGAUUGGGGAAAUUGGGAUGAGCUUUUCAAGAUUAUAAUGUGCUUGUUCUUAUGUCAAGUUAGCUUAGGUUUGGUACUAAGAGGGGUGUUAUGGACUCUCAUAAGAGAGUGAGUGUGAGAGAAUACUAGAAAGAGAUUGUUUAUACCAUUUCUCUUGAUACUAAAUGUAUUUGUGUCCAUUAUACAAGAUGAGAGGGAACCAUUUUUCGUUAUUAGGCUUUGUUGAUUUGUU